AUGAUUGGACAGACUGAUUUGUGCACUCCUGCAACAAUAACUGUUGAAUUGACCGCUCUCGCCGCUCUGCAACAAGUUACCCAGGAGCCUGCUCUUGCUCAGCCGCCAAGGGUUACCUUCCAUGGGAUCCACGAAACCUUGCCUUUUCUGGAACUACUGUGCGGCACAGCCGAGGCCGCCAAGUUGUCCCCAUCGAUGCGUCUCCGUAUGAUCCGUGACUCUAGUAUAAUAUGUGAGAGCUUCACCAACCCUCUCAUUGGAGGUAUGUAUGCACAAGCACACAGUCUCUCGGUGUAG